GACUUCUGGGAGUUGUAGUUCUCUACCCUAUCUCUGCUCCUCCUGUUUCCGGUGCCGUCACGGGACCGAGCAGUCGGUGACAGCCCCGAGGGCCCCCGCCCCGCGCCCAUGGCCGAGCCGGACCCCUCUGACCCUCUGGAGACCCAGGCAGGGAAGGUGCAGGAGGCUCAGGACUCAGAUUCAGACACUGAGGGAGGAGCAGCUGGCGGAGAAGCGGAGAUGGACUUCCUGCGGAAUUUGUUCUCCCAGACGCUGGGCCUGGGCACCCAGAAGGAGCGUCUGUUGGACGACCUCUCCCUGGAAGGGGUGGCCCGCUACAUGCUGAGCGAGCGCUGUCACAGAGUCAUCUGUUUGGUGGGAGCUGGAAUCUCCACGUCUGCGGGCAUCCCCGACUUCCGCUCCCCAUCCACCGGCCUUUAUGCCAACCUGCAGAAGUACCAUCUUCCCUAUCCAGAGGCCAUUUUUGAGAUUGGCUACUUCAAGAAACAUCCAGAGCCCUUCUUUGCCCUCGCUAAGGAACUCUAUCCUGGGCAGUUCAAGCCGACGCUCUGUCACUACUUCAUCCGUCUGCUGAAGGAGAAGGGGCUGCUUGUGCGCUGCUACACACAGAACAUAGACACCCUGGAGCGAGUGGCAGGGCUGGAGCCCGAGGACCUCGUGGAGGCCCAUGGUACCUUCUACACAUCGCACUGCAUCAGUCCCCUCUGUCGGCGGGAGUACACGCUCAGCUGGAUGAAAGAGAAGAUCUUCUCCGAGGUGACUCCCAAGUGUGAGAAGUGUCAGAGCGUGGUGAAGCCUGACAUCGUGUUCUUUGGCGAGAACCUUCCAGCGCGUUUCUUCUCCUGCAUACAGUCAGACUUCCUGAAGGUGGACCUGCUUAUCAUCAUGGGCACCUCCCUGCAGGUGCAGCCCUUCGCGUCCCUCAUCGGCAAGGCACCCCUCUCCACCCCACGCCUGCUCAUCAACAAGGAAAAAACUGGCCAGACUGACCCUUUCCUGGGAAUGAUGAUGGGCCUCGGAGGAGGCAUGGACUUCGAUUCCAAGAAGGCCUACAGGGACGUGGCCUGGCUGGGUGACUGUGACCAGGGCUGCCUGGCCCUUGCUGACCUCCUUGGAUGGAAGAAGGAGCUGGAGGACCUUGUCCGGAAGGAGCAUGCCAGCAUUGACGCUCAGUCGGGGUCAGGGAGCCCCAACCCCAGCACUGCAGCUUCCCCCAGGAAGUCCUCACCUCCUGCUAAGGAGGAGGCCAGGAGCACGGAGGGGGAGAAACCCCAGUGACAGCUGCAUCUCCCAGGCAGGACGCCCAGCUC